AUGUCGACGACAGCCUCCAGACGGUGUCUACAAACGUGUCUCAGGUCCUUACAGAGGACAGAGCUGGGCUCCAGGAGGAUUGCGAACAGGCGGUUUCCAGGUGUCCGAGGGUAUGCACAGGCAGCGUUGAAGCAGAAGGAGGACGUCGUGUCAGAGACACCCGCACCACCUAGUGCAGCGACGACGAGAGCGACGUGGGGAGCAACACCGACGUUCUGGGAAGCGCCUGCGACCGGAGCCAGCAGAUGGAAGGACGACUGGGACCCCCAAGCUCUUCAGGACCACCUGAACAACCUCUUCGCACCCCUCAAAUUCCCCCAAGAAGUUGCUCAACGUGUCCUGACCCAUGGCAGUCAUGGUGCAGCGCGUGUGCACGGUCAUAACGCUGGCUACCAGUUUAUGGGUCGCCGAGUGAUAGAAUCGUAUCUCUUCAUGUUCUUGAACGCUUCGAAGGCAUUGAAGCCCAAACACGACCUUGAAGCACUUGCGUCACACGCUUUGAACCCAGGAUUGUUGGGAGAGACUGUAGGGACGAAGUGGGGGUAUGGACAGGUCGUGCAGUGGCUGCCAGCUGUGUCUAGGAAGGAGUUGGAGAAUGCCCAGGACAUUGAGAAGGCCUGGAAACGAAUUGGCUUCUACAAGAUCCAAGGUGACGCCGUCGUCGCGACUUUGGGUGCCGUCUACCAGCAAUAUGGUGCCUCCAUCGCACACAAGCUCUUCCACACGAGGAUACUGCCCGAACUCUUCGUCCCAGGAGGCCUGCCCCCAGAGUUCCAAAAAGAGGCGCUCGCCCUUGCCUCCCAGUUGGGAGGCACCACUCGCCCCUUGACUAAAUCAUUCUACCAGUCACAAUCACCGUCUGAGCAAUAA